AUGUGGACGCUCGGGCGCCGCGCCGCCGCCUGCCUCCUGGCCCGCUCGGCGCCGGGGGGCUCAGCCCGGGCCCGCGCGGGGGCCCCGGCGCCGAAGAGGGACGCCCCGCUCUACGGCCGCCGGGGUCUGAGAGUCCUGACGGCCGCAGCCCACGUACCCAGCCACGCUAGUUUGUGCGGCCACCGCCUCGGUCAGACUGUGAAGGCCAAAAAGCAGAGUGUCUGUCUGAUGAACAUGAGGACAGCGGGAACUUUGGGCGACCCUGGCUCUCUGGAUGAGACCACCUACGAAAGACUGGCAGAGAGGACACUGGACUCCUUAGCAGAGUUUUUUGAAGACCUCGCAGACAAACCUUACACACUGAAAGACUAUGAUGUCUCAUUUGGGAGUGGUGUUUUAACAGUUAAACUGGGUGGAGAUCUAGGAACCUACGUGAUCAACAAGCAGACCCCAAACAAGCAGAUCUGGCUGUCUUCACCAUCCAGUGGGCCGAAGCGCUACGACUGGACCGGGGAGAGCUGGGUGUAUGCCCACGAUGGCGUGUCCCUCCACCAACUGCUGACCACCGAGCUGACGGAAGCCUUGAAAACCGAAUUGGACUUAUCUUCUCUGGCCUAUUCCGGGAAAGGCACCUGACACCCAGCCCAAUUCCAAAGACAUUAAAAGCUGUGAUGCCAAGACCCCUCCUUCGUCCUACAGCUGAGUGUCUGGUUUUUUUCCAUUCCUACCUUUGAGGACACUUGCAUUGCUGGGAAUGGCAAUGUGGCCUAGAAAGAAUGCGUGGCCUCCCACCCUCCCUCAGGUUCGGAUGUUUAAUUUCCAUAGUUUGUUUGUUUUGUUUUGGGAUUUAUUGUCCGAUUUCCUCCCUCACAGGAUAUCACUUCUCUUUUAUAAUCGUCCAUAUGCUCCUACAUUUGUAUGUAGCCUUACAACCGGGAAAAAUCAGAAGGGAAACUUCCAGGAGAAAAGUGACUUGAUUUCACUAUUCAUUCUUUGAAGGACUCAACUGCAAAAAGCCACGUGAAAAGCGGCUGGCCGGCCUCAUCUUUCUGUCCCCAAAUGAGCCUCAUUAAAGAGUUGCCUAUAAA